GAUCAGGAUCAUUAAGUCAAAGCAAGACGUUCUUCCGGACCCUCAAUUCGUUAUUGCUCAAGAACAGCUUUCUUUCUACAAGUGCCGCAAUCAACAAGAUCAAGCGGAAGGCUCAAAAUCAGAGACCCUUCGUCUCAAUUAACAUAAGUGCGCCUUCCCACAGAGCUGAAGCUGUGGUAAAAGCGCGAGAAAUGACAUCCCUCUUUCCCCACCCCGACCAUGCCGAAAUCCAGCCUUAUGGGCAUACGAUUCUCACACUUCACGUGCUAGCCAGAGGCUUCCUUUCGGGCUCUUUCAUCUCUCUCUUUUUCACAGGCGGCUCCGUCCUACUCAACCGCUCACCCGGUCUUCCUCUGUCAACACGUAUCCUGUCAAACUCUGCGCGCGGCACAUUAUGGGGCACAGGACUGAUCGGUCUCGCGCUCAUUGGGCGCAUGUGGGAUAGAGAAGACAUUGAAUGGAAGGAUAGAUCAUGGAGAUUGCUCGGAAAUGAGGGUGAAAUGAAGACAGAUUGGUGGCAGAUCGGAGGAGCUACGUUGGGUGCGGCUGUGGCUUUGGGAGCCGGGAAACGUGUGAAUGGAGCAAAGAUGCUCAAGGGAUGGGAGAAGGGCCUUGGAGGUGCUGGACUAGGUAGCUUUGGCGGUAUGAUUGGUUAUCACACGUCAAAGAAUAUUGGUAGUAAGGUAAAACAGUGAUUGACGCUGCUUGCGUUCAGUAAACACGAUUCUAGGGUGGCAAUGAAUCUGCGCUGCUAUCCAUCCUAACAUUCUUUCAUCCAAACAGAAGCAUACUCUGGAGCAUAUAGAAUAUAAUACAAGAAGUGAAUUCUUUGCUGAGGAGGAGAGUGAC